AUGCGCGCAAGAAGCAGGACCAUGGUAGGGACCGUAGUGGAGAACUUGAGCAAUCGAAAACUUCUCUAUAUCUUGGCAUCGCUUCUAGCUACGCAAAUCGCAUUCUUUUUGGUUGGAGCAUGGUACGCACCUGUGCCGUCAUCUUCCAUGGAGUACGAGAUGAUCAAAUGCAAGGAUGAAACCAGAGGAGAAAGUGGGAAAUGGUUCCAUAUACGGCCACGACAAUGUGAUGUAAUUGGAGACCUAUCAUCUUAUACACCGACGUCGUUUGAUCUACGAGAAAUUGUAUUCGUCGCUCAAAUGCCACACAUGAGAGAACGCAUACAGCUCGAGUAUUCACCGUGGUUCCAGUUCCUCCUUGGACUCCUUCAAGUCGAGGUCGAGUACAGCGAUAUUUUUAAAUACGUGGACGGGGCUUUACUGGAGCUGGAAAUAAGGAUGGGAUAUCGCACAAAUACUGAUGCUGCAGAUGAGUGGCAUGACUUGAUCACUACUAACAUUACUCGAACUUUGGAGUGUAGUAUCCCUCCAGAUAAGAGAUCUAAUGGCCACAUAUAUGACUGUGGAGUGAUUGAUCUUUUUGAAAUGGGAUCGAACAACUACCCAUUUUAUUUAUUGAAUGUCAGGAUUCCAAUAAACCAAUCUGCUUGCGCCGCUAAUCCGAAGAGUCCGAAUUGCCAAAUUGGGAAGAUUACGAAUCUCAGAGUAGUGACAAUCCAUCAGAAUGGCGGAUUUACUCAGAUUUGGUUGUGGCUGAAAACGCUCGUGUUCCCUGUUGUUACUGCAGCGAUCUGGUGGUACUGGAACAGGAUCGAUAAAUUGGCUCGCAAACCUAUACUGCUCGAAAAGGCAAUAAUGGCUCUUGGAAUAAGUUUAGCAGUGCUUGACUGUGAGUUCCACUUUCUAAAUAGUACUGUGCUUGUUCUCUUAUAG